GACAAAAUCCGCACUGAAAGAAGCCUGUGAAAGAAUCCUCUGGAAAGUAGGCAUACGAUCUCCGGUAUCUAAAUCAUUACGUGAGAAUUUGUUCUUUAGCCCGAAGUAAACCUAUAAACCUGACAACAUGUGCGACCGCAAGGCGGUGAUCAAGAAUGCUGACAUGAGCGAGGAGAUGCAGCAAGAUGCAGUGGACUGUGCAACACAGGCCCUUGAGAAGUUCAACAUCGAAAAGGACAUUGCUGCCUUCAUCAAGAAGGAGUUUGACAAGAAGUACAACCCAACAUGGCAUUGCAUAGUCGGCCGCAACUUCGGCUCGUAUGUCACGCACGAGACGCGUCACUUCAUAUACUUCUACCUUGGCCAGGUCGCCAUUCUCCUGUUCAAGAGCGGUUAAUCCCCUACUCUGCACCUUUGCUCUAAAUUUUAUGUUGUUAGCGAUGGACAUAGUAUAACCGGGUUCGAGGUCCACCUCUCGAACAAUCUGCCAACUCAUCCCAUGCACCGUGACAGGACACGACACUUUACAUUCCUACCUGUAGGUAGCAUUUACCUAGUUAAUGUCUCCUAUCUGACUCUUGGGGUGUGUUGACUUCGGGAGGUGUUGUAUGUGUACAUGUAGUGCGGUUGUGUGAGUGAAUGGGUAGUGUGCGGUCACCAUGCCUCUUCACCCCCUCCUUGUUAUAGACGGUGUUUCUCACGCGUCGAAUCUCCAACACUUUAGUACCCGGCGCACUUGAUGUAUGUUUCUGUGUUAGCUUUAUGUUAAGGUUCAAUCGACUUGGAAAAACAUUCACUUUUAGUGUAUUUAUAUUAUUAAAAUUUUUAGUUUUAUUCCUAGACUUUAACCUAGCAUAGCUGAAGUCAUAUGUUAGUACUUAUCUAAAUUUAUUGUUUAUUUCUUUGUUUUUACAUACACUGGAGAUAUUUUCACUACUUCUAUAAUAAAUUAAACUUUCUUACAAACCCA